ACCUACGCAUGCCAUUCUCCUCUCUCUCAGCCCCUCCCCCUACCGUUGCCGUUGGCCACGGUUGGUUGUCUGACGCCCUCACCAAUGACAACUCCCCCUUCAUCCUCGGCACUCUCUGUUCCGAUGGUAUCUAUCCCGAUUCAAUCGAGGUCAUCUUCUCCCUCAAACAGUUCCCUCGGCCUCCGCCUUCUCGUGCAAACUCGUCUGUCCCAGACAGGAAGCCUACCAAACGCACUCAUGGCGCCCUUUUCACCACUGAUCCACUCAGGUGGCCCGCACAAGAAAAGCUAAAGGCCAGUGACCAUCUGACACCGCCCGUCAUCCAGGACCCUUUGCUUUCGGGUUUCAACCCGUCUCUUCUUCCUACCGUCCUCCCUCCUGUGAAGCAAGACACACCCUCACAACUCUCGACCCUGCCGAACCUUACUAUGUCUCUACCCGCAGUCCACCCUUUGGAACCACCCUCAGUCGCGCCGCAAUCUGCGUCUCAGGGGAUACCCGCGCAAGUCCUCCUCGCCGCUCUCGCUGGCUCUCAAGAGAAUCACCAACGACUCCUCUCUCUCAUCGGCUCCAUCGACUCCACGUCCUCCAAUUCAGAGCCGAGCCCUGAACUGGUGCAGAUGAUCCGAGCGCUGCUUUCUUCAGCCGCUCCCUCUGUCGCACCUUCGGCUACAGUUCCUUCGCCCUCUGUCUCCGUGACCCACGUGUCGUCAAGUGUCCAUGUCGAUCCUUACACACCGCUUACGUUCUUGUCUGCCACCGCUCCCUCAUCCGCGGCUACCAGUUUCCCCGCGGAAGCCUCCCAAUCUCCUCCUGCAGUCAUCGCGUCCGCUUCCUCUCCACCCACCACCGAUCAUACUAUCGAUGACGAGAUCAUGGUGCUUGACAAGGAGAACGUCAAUCCCGUCGCCUUCCGCCGAAAGGGCAAUGAGAAGGAGAAGCCAAAAGAGACUGCGCUUCCUCAGCAUAGAACCUCUGCCCUCCGUUUGAACCAGUCCGAGCCAGUCCUGCGUAGUCGUGCCAGUACAUCCGAGAACGCGACCC